UAAGUUACUGUCCAUCGGGCAUGGUAGCGAGCUGCAACCUAGACAUGGAUCCUAUGCAGAGCGGUGCGACAAACAACUUCCUUUGUUACUAUCCUUGCGAUAGCUCGGUCUUCGCUCAAUGGAGUCAUGUAGUCCCAUGUCUAGCAACAGAAGAUGUGUGAAACGACAGAAGUACUACUAUGCGCAGUACAGGCAGUACAGGCAGUACAGUACGUACAUUUGCCGCGUCCUUGGGGGUUCAGCUAUGGUGGGUCAAGAUGUAUCCUUCCCUUCCCUUCCCUUCUUUAUUCGGUGACAUCCGACCUGUCACUAGAUGCCGAGUGGCGUUGUCAAUCUAUCUAUUCGGACGGGGUACUGUACACAGUACUUGUCCAUUCCCAGAACUUGCGGUCGCAAUUCUUCUUCCAUCUUUCCAUCCACCUGAUUGUCCAACAUCAAUAGUAGAGCAAUCCUCCAGUAUACUGUGCGCGGUGUUUGCUCAGCAGAAGACCGGAGUGAGAUUUAGUUAAAGUUACAUACAUGCUUUCCAUGAAUGG